CUGGAUCCCCUCAUCUCCUCAGCUCCCACUAAAUCCCCUCCAGUCCCCUCAGCGCCCAGCUGGAUCCCCUCAAUCUCCUUGGGAUCCUGCUAAAUCCCCUCCAGUCCCCUCAGCGCCCGGCUGGAUCCCCUCAGCUCCUCAGGACCUCACUAAAUCCCCUCCCCUUCCCUCAGCGCCCGGCUGGGUCCCCUCAGCUCCCGCUAAAUCCCCUCCAGUCCCCUCAGCGCCCGGCUGGGUCACCCCGUUCCCUCAGGUCCUGCUAAAUCCCCCCAUCCCCUCCGUGCCUGGCUGGGUCCUUCCACCCCCUCAGGGAUCCAUUAGAUCCCUCUUCCCCCUUCGUGCCCCAGGGCCCUUCUCCGGUCGGCAGGGGAGCAGGCCAGGGAGGUGGCGGAAGGGUUGGCCUGCCAGCCUUGUCCCAGGCGCCAUGUUCUACAUGCAUUUCCUCAUCAACAAGCGCGGGCCGUUGGCCAAAAUAUGGCUUGCUGCCCACUGGGAGAGGAAGCUCACCAAAGCUCAUAUAUUUGAGUGCAAUUUAGAGACUACCAUUGAAAAGAUCAUCUCGCCAAAGUUUACUAUAGCUCUGCGAACCUCUGGACACUUACUCCUAGGAGUGGUGAGGAUUUACCACAGGAAAGCAAAGUACCUCUUGGCAGACUGUAGUGAAGCUUUGACCAAAAUGAAGACAGCCUUUCGCCCAGGACUUGUUGACCUUCCAGAACAGAACUUUGAGGCUGCCUAUCAGUCCAUUACAUUACCUGAAGAAUUUAAUGAUUUUGAAACACCACUACCUGACUUAAAUGCCAUUGAUGUUGCUGAACAUUUUACCUUGAAUCAGAGCAGAGCUGAAGACAUCACACUUACAGAGGAUUAUGAAAGCAAUAUACUUCUCUGUGAUAGAAACUUUGAUGAAGAACCAGAGGCACUGAGAAAACAGAGCUUCUUUGACAGCAGCAUCUUAACGAGCAGCAACAGUCCUGUGGCUGAUCACAACUCCGCGAGCGUGAACGGAGGCAAGUCUGCACUGCAUGAAGAUGCUUACUGCUUUGAGCACGACUGUUUUGGAGAUGAGGAGGAUGCUGCAGAUAUGAUCGAAAUCCUGUUGAGGGAUGAACAAAAUGGCCUAGAUAAAGACAUGCUUGAUAUGGAGGAAGAACGUCCUUUGUCACAAGAUCUGUCAGAGAACAGCACAGCCAUUGAGUCCAACUGCGCAGACACCACCACUGAGAAAGUAAGUCAUCUAGUGAACAAAACAAUACUUUUCUUGGAAGAAGAAGAAGGAUUUGUGCUUGAGCCUGUUGAUCAGACAGCUGUCACCCAGAGGAAAAAAAAUAAAAGAAAGAGGAAGUUGCUUGUGGAUGUAAACAAGGAACUCAGCUGCAACGCUAUACACCACCAGCUUAACAACUGCAUGGACAUCCUGGCUACGUUAGACCUUGCACCCCCAACAAAAAAAACCAUGAUGUGGAAGAAAUCAGGAGGUGUGGAUAAACUCCUGUCCCACGCUACACAGCCUGUGGUUCAUGCUCAGCUGCAAAUGUUGUUUGCAAAAUGCUUCAAGAGUCACGAAUUUAAGAUGAGAAGAAAUGGAAUACAGAGGGAGUCUGAAAUGGAAGAAAUAAGAAAAGACCAAGAUACCACAGAGAUGCUGAUAGUAGAAGAGCCAUGUUACCUGCAGGAGUCAGCUCAUUCAGAGACUGAGAGAAAAAUUAGAAAUGAUUCCUUUAUGUUGACAUCACAGAAUAGCAGAGAUGAAACUGAUGAUAACUGUGGUGAAACUAUACAGGUCGGGGCGGCUUUCUCCGCGAGCUCCUCGCUGGCGAACAGCUCCCUGGGCCAAGACGCGGGAACGCAGCCGGCCGAGUUAACAAACGAGCUAACGAGGAACGGGAAAGACAGUGAAGAAAUAAAGUGGAGUAAAAGAACUCUCCAGUUAGUAAAAACUUUACAGCACCUGCGGACGUCAGGCGUGCGCACCUUCAGCCUUCGGGAGCUCUGCCGGGGAAACAGCCGGAAAGAGGCUGCGGCCAAGUUUUACAUCUUUCUUGUUCUGAAGAAGCAGUCGGUGGUGGAGCUCCGUCAGAGCGCUCCCUUCGCUGACAUUACAGCCACCGUCGGCCCGGCGUUCAGCGCUCACUGAACUCGUGUCGCGUGCAGAUAAACUCAUAAAAAUAAAUCUUGUUCUAAAGUUUUCAGCAGAUGUAUUUCCUGGAAAAAUGGCUGAAUGCCUUGGCACGCCGUGGUAGCCGAGCAGAGCUCCCUUUCCUUCAGGCCACUGCCCAGAACUGCCAGGCAUCGGGCUCGUGCAGGUGUGCUGCCUCUAUCCUCGUUACCAAGGUGUUCGCUAGUAUGUUUAUUAUUAAUAUAUAUGUUUGUAUGAUGAGCACUUACCUAUUCUGUUAGUAAAAUAUUGCUAAAAUUCUACAUAAGGGAUUUACAUUGUGAGGGAUUUUAUGAAACUCCUUAAAAACUUUUCUUAGAGACCAGCUUUGAAGGUUAAAUUAUUUUUAACAGGGCUUGUGUGUUUAUCAUCCAACGCCAUCAGUAAGAGAAGUCUGUUAAGCUCUCUUUUUCAAAAACUGUAGUCUAUUUGAAAUUAUCCCUUUCAAAGAAUGUUCAGUAUUUGAUGUUUUAAGGUCUAGCGAGCUACUGUCUCCAGUGUUGGUUUCAUGUGUUCAGGCAGCAAGAAGUUGCGCUGUCCCUCCAAGAGUCACAUAAGCUUCAGGAAGAAAUCCUAUUCCCUCAAAAUCCUGCAAUUCCAGAUUUUGUGGAGCAUGCUUACUCAAAGACUAACCCUUUCAUUUAUGUGUAGACCUGUUUAAAAGCAGAUGUUAAACUGAUUGUAAGUUCUUUGCGGUUUUAUCUACUUUAGGAUGCGUUUUAACACUUUCACUGUCAUCUUGUAAAGUUAGUGGUUUUCAGGGAUGAUUGUGUGUGUCCAGCGCUCCGCGGGGCCCCGGGCUGCUAACAUGAAAUCAAUAAAAAUCAGAAGGGAA